AUGUCCCGCAGCGGCACAGGUGGCGCAGGAGUCCUGGUGGCUCCGCGCUGGGUGGUGACGGCGGCGCACUGCACCACACCUGGGGUGACCACGGUGGCCCUGGGCAAGCACCGGCUGUACGCGCGCGAGGCGGGCGAGCAGCGCCGCAUGGUGGCCCGCAUGGUGGCCCACCCGGGCUACGACCCGUCCACCAAGGACAACGACAUCAUGCUGCUGAAGCUGCUGGCCCCCGCCGCCAUCUCCGACCGCGUCCGGCCCAUCCCGGUGGCCUCGUGCCUGCCCCGGCCCGGCACCCGCCUGCGUCACCUCGGGCUGGGGCGCCACCCACCUCGCCUGAAGGUAGGUGGCAUCCGGCCGGGGGUCCGGGGCACCUCGGGGGGGCACCUGGCGGUCAUCUCGUGGUCAUCUGGGGCUCCUCGUGGUCAUCUCGUGGUCAUCUGGGGCACCUCACGGUCAUCUCGUGUGACGUACCCGAGGUGCUGCAGUGCGUCAACGUCACGCUCUUCUCCCCCGGCCGAGUGUCGCCGCUUCUACCCCGGCUCCAUCACCGACAACAUGAUCUGCGCCGGGCACCUGCAGGGCGGCCGGGACUCCUGCCAGGGCGACUCCGGCGGCCCCCUGGUGUGCGAGGGCACCUUGCAGGGCAUCGUCUCGUGGGGGAUGGAGCGCUGCGGGCAGCCGCGGCGCCCCGGCGUCUACACCAAGGUGUGCCGCUACGCCCGCUGGAUCCACGAGACCAUGGAGGACACCUGAGGCGGCGCCGGCCGCGGCGCCGCGCUCCCAGGGGACAUUAAAGACGUGCCGGGAACGCCGGGCUCCGCGUGGCUUCCUA